AUGAUGGUGAGCGGCAGCAGCCUUGAAACCGCAUAUACGAUAGAUACUUCGAGCAUCAAGUUCGGGCCGGGUGUUACGCGCGAGGUCGGGUACGAGAUGCGCCGACUCGACGCGCGACGCGUUAUGGUGGUCACUGACCCGCGGAUGGCAAGCAGCGAAGCCGUGGCGAUUACGCUGGAAUCCCUGCGGGACGAGGCAAUCGACGCGGUGCUGUUCGACAGGGUGAGCGUAGAGCCGACGGAUGUGUCGUUCAAGGAGGCGAUUGCGUUCGCUACCGAAGGUGCAUUCGACGGAUUCGUGGCCGUUGGCGGCGGCUCGAGCAUAGAUACUGCAAAGGCUGCGAACCUGUAUGUGACCUAUCCCGCUGACUUCCUCGCUUAUGUGAACGCACCCAUCGGCGAGGGACGUCCUGUGCCAGGACCACUGAAGCCUCUUAUUGCGAUUCCCACGACAUCGGGGACGGGAAGCGAGACGACAGGGGUUGCGAUUUUCGACCUGCUGGAGUUGGAAGCAAAGACUGGGAUCGCGCACAGGGCGCUGCGGCCGGUGAUGGGCAUUGUCGAUCCGCUUCACUCACGGACGCUGCCGAGCCAGGUGGUAGCUUGCAGCGGCUUCGAUGUGCUGUGCCACGGGCUGGAGUCGUACACCGCGUUGCCGUUUCACCGAGCGUGA